AGCCCUUUUCUUUGCUGGGGAAGAGGACAGAGAUACUCAGAGAGAAAAAGGAAAGGAAAGGGGAAGGUGAAGAGAGAGAAAAAGAGAGAGGGAAGGAUUGUUCCAGCUGAACAAAAACAACACCAAAGGAAAAGCGCCGACAAGGGAUUUGAUUGAAUCCAGAGGCAAUGGGUUUGUUAGAGUGCUGCGCAAGAUGUCUGAUAGGGGCUCCCUUUGCUUCACUGGUUGCCACAGGGUUGUGUUUCUUUGGGGUAGCACUGUUCUGUGGCUGUGGGCAUGAAGCACUCAGUGGCACAGAGCAGCUAAUUGAGACCUACUUCUCCAAAAACUACCAGGAUUAUGAGUAUCUGAUCAAUGUGAUCCAUGCAUUCCAGUAUGUCAUCUAUGGAACAGCUUCUUUCUUCUUCCUUUAUGGAGCCCUCCUGCUGGCUGAGGGCUUCUACACCACUGGCGCCGUCAGACAGAUCUUUGGAGACUACAAGACCACCAUCUGUGGCAAGGGCCUCAGCGCUACGGUAACAGGGGGCCAGAAGGGGAGGGGUUCCAGAGGCCACCAUCAAGCUCACUCUUUGGAGCGGGUGUGUCAGUGUUUGGGAAAGUGGCUAGGACAUCCUGACAAGUUUGUGGGUGUGACCUAUGCCCUCACCAUUAUCUGGCUGCUUGUGUUUGCCUGCUCUGCUGUGCCUGUCUACAUCUACUUCAAUACUUGGACUACUUGCCAGUCUAUUGCAAACCCUAGCAAGACUUCUGCCAGCAUAGGCACGCUGUGCACUGAUGCCAGGAUGUAUGGUGUUCUCCCAUGGAAUGCUUUCCCAGGAAAAGUGUGUGGCUCAAACCUUCUGUCCAUCUGUAAGACCAAUGAGUUCCAAAUGACCUUCCACCUCUUCAUUGCUGCCUUUGUUGGUGCUGCAGCCACGCUGGUUUCACUGCUCACCUUCAUGAUCGCCGCUACUUACAACUUUGCUGUCCUCAAACUCAUGGGACGAGGCACAAAGUUCUAGUCUGAAAGAAGAAGCAAGUUAUCUGGCGCACACUUUCUUCUCUAACCAUGAGGCUCUAACAAUGCAGCCACAUGACACCAUGUCUCCUACUUUAACUCCGCCUUCACCACCAACUGCCUUCUUCUUGCUCUCCUGUAUCCAAAUGUGAGGAGUGUGACCAGGAAGGAGAGACUCCCAGUGAUGGAAGCUUUGUGCACUUUUCUCUCUGUCUACUUCUGUAAUGGUUUUGCUCUGCAGCGAGUCCUUCUGGGAGUGGGGAAAGCCCUUUGUGGAGGAUUUCCUGCCAUGCCAAAAAUGAGAAGGAGCAAUUCUUUCAUCAUCUAACUUCCCAAUAUGUUCUGGGAAAGAAGCUCUGCAGCUCCUGGCAGGUGGAAAUCUAUGCUGACUGCCCUACUUCUAGUGAGAAACAGGCUGCAUGCUAUAUAGAAAGAAAAGGAAGCAGCUUGGCCUCACUACCAUUGCCCGAGACUCCUUGGGGGUAAACAAAGGAACUUGCUUCCAUCUCCACACCACAGAUGGAGGAUAAGAGAAGGAUCUUUUCCUAGUAAAAAAAGAAAACUUGCCUUAAUUUACAUGCUGCAGCUAGGGCAGAGGGGGCUUAGAGCAAGGAUCUUCCCAGUGCUGGAAGAGAGCACUGACCCCUAUGCUGACAGAAUCCUUAACCCAGUCAACCCUAUUAAAGCAUAAAGGAGCUUGGUGUCUCUGUAGACAAAGGGGACUCUUGGUUGUACACCUCAGCAUUGCCUGUACCACUCACAACAGGUCUUAAACAGCAGAAAGGAGAUGGAUUCCAGCUUGGACUAGAGAGACUUUUCUAAUCAGUGGCCCGAGAGUGUAAACCCAGAGGUGUCCCUUUUGUAGACAAAGGAUAACUUGUUGGACUAUAUCUUUGUGUGUCCUUUUUCUUGUAACCAGUUGUGCAUGUUGAACUCUGUCAUACCUUCACAAUGGUGCUCUUUGGUUGAGGUUUGCUUCCAUAAUGUCCUAUAAAUCAAAGAUCUUGAUUUGUUUCUGAUUUGUGCCAAAUGUAACCUACCCCCCGCUUUUUAAUGGUUUCCUGUGAGCUAGUAUGCUUGUCUGAUGCAUCUAAGCCAAAAACUGUGAGAUUUGGAAUGUCCUAUUUAGAUUAUGGCAAAUUUCAAAAGACAUUCAAAAAGCAGUAAAAUAAAGGAAUAUGGGGAGAGGAAGUAGAGACUUCAGAGUGGUUUGAUCUGCAUAAGAUCUAAAUUUGACAUUGCUAUGCAAAUCAAACUCCUUCACAGUCCAUGAAGUCUUUCUCAAUGGGGGACCCUGAGACAACUUGGAAUAAGAUUUCAACAUUUCCUGUUUUGUGGGAGACACUGGAAUGGAAUAUGGGAUCAUCUUAUUUCAAAUACUUAAAGAGAACAAGGUUCAAACUGAUAAGGCACUUCCCUGCACAGUGUGACCAACAGAAAUGGGUCCCAGGAAGUGCUCAUAAAGACCCAAAGGAAGGCUCUCCACAGAUAAAUUGUCCAGGGUGAAACUUUCUGUUUCUAGUCUUCCCUCUACUCAUUAACUACCAGUGUAGGAAUUUGUCUUGGCAUUAUUUAUUUAUUGAAGAAGCUUUCAGUGGCAGAUUGCAGCUCUUUCACUACAUGGACUUUAAUACUGGUUUGAGCAAUGGCCUAAGUAAGCUAUCAGUCAUGCUAAGCAAAGAGCUUGAUGUAUCCUUGUCAUUGAGCACACUGAAAUAGAUCAGUUAGGCUAUCAGCACACGAGUUGGGGGGGUGGGGAGAGAGAGAUUAGGACAGGUUGAGGUGGGAAGAAACCAGUCAAGAUCAGGCAAAUUAAGUCAUCUCUGUGUUGAUUUAAUAACAUAACAAAUAACCAAACCCCACCCCUGCCCCCAAAACCCAAACGUACACACAAAAAAGAGUUAAUCAACUGAAAGUGUUUCCUUCACAUCUGAUCUAGAAUUUCAACUCUUUAACAAGAAGUAAAAAGAAGCAAGUUUUUAGAGACUUAUCUCACCAGGCAUCUUUUAUAAAAUUAAAGAAAAUAAAUUAAAAUUAAGAAUGUUCUGAACAAA